GGGUUGCAUGUACUGUAUGUGGAGCAGUGUACAGUGAAGCGGAGGCAGAGCGGCUCCGCGAGCUCCUCUCCACUUUCCCAUAGAGAAACCCUGACUGGCCGCUGAGGGCUAGCUACACACACGCCCUCACGCCCGGCGAGCCCGCGAGGUCACUAUCAUAUGACAAAGGCUUUGCUGCAGUUCAGCAGUUCAUCUUCCUCCCUGUGUACUUUCCAUUCGCCUUCCUGGGCUACGGCUGGUUAAAUCUGUGGAUCUGAAAGCCCCAUAUCUGGCAGACUGACUGUAUACUAGAAUCCCACUGCAUCACAGAAGCUGGAAGUUCUGAUGUUCCACUGAAAUCACAAUGGAAAGUCUUGACUUGACUGAUGUUUGAAGAAGUAGGUACUGACACCCAAUUAAUUGCCCACUACCAACACCAACAACAUCUCCACCUCUGCACUGCCUGCACAAGACAUUCUGAGAGGUCACAGUAAUGAAAGGCAGUAAUAGAAAUAAGGAUCAUUCAGCAGAAGGAGAAGGGGUUGGAAAACGACCAAAACGAAAGUGUCUUCAGUGGCAUCCAUUGCUAGCAAAGAAACUUCUUGAUUUUUCAGAAGAGGAAGAAGAGGAAGACGAAGAGGAGGAUAUUGAUAAGGUUCAACUUCUUGGGGCCGAUGGCCUAGAGCAAGAUGUUGGUGAAACUGAAGAUGAUGAAUCACCAGAGCAGCGAGCCCGGAGACCAAUGAAUGCAUUUCUUUUAUUUUGCAAACGCCAUCGCUCUCUUGUACGUCAGGAACACCCCAGGCUUGAUAACCGAGGUGCUACCAAGAUACUAGCUGAUUGGUGGGCUGUUCUUGAUCCAAAGGAAAAACAGAAAUACACAGACAUGGCCAAGGAGUAUAAAGAUGCAUUUAUGAAAGCAAAUCCUGGCUACAAAUGGUGUCCUACCACAAACAAGCCUGUGAAAUCCCCAACACCCACUGUCAAUCCACGAAAGAAACUUUGGGCCUUCCCAUCUGACUCUUCAAGAGACUUGCCAAGCCCCAAGAAAGCAAAGACUGAAGAAAUGCCUCAGCUUAACUUUGGAAUGGCUGAUCCUACUCAAAUGGGAGGCCUGAGUAUGCUGCUGUUAGCUGGAGAACAUGCUCUUGGCACACCAGAGGUAUCCUCUGGCACAUGCAGGCCUGAUGUUUCAGAAUCUCCUGAAUUACGUCAGAAGUCACCAUUGUUUCAGUUUGCUGAGAUAUCUUCAAGUACAUCCCACCCUGAUGCUUCUACAAAGCAGUGUCAAACAUCUGCCUUGUUUCAGUUUGCAGAGAUUUCUUCAAACACUUCGCAGUUGGGUGGUGCUGAGCCUGUAAAACGCUGUGGAAAGUCUGCACUCUUUCAACUGGCAGAGAUGUGCCUGGCAUCAGAAGGGAUGAAAAUGGAAGAAUCAAAGCUAAUAAAAGCAAAAGAAUCCGAUGGUGGAAGAAUUAAAGAAUUAGAGAAGGGAAAGGAAGAAAAAGAAAUUAAAAGGGAGAAAACAGAUGAAACCAGGUUACAGAAGGAAGCAGAAUUUGAAAAAUCAGCUAAGGAAAGUGUUAGAGAUUCUAAGGAAUUGAGAAAUUUUGAGGCAUUGCAAAUAGAUGACAUAAUGGCUAUAAAAAUGGAAGAUCCCAAAGAAAUUAGAAAGGAAGAGUUAGAAGAAGAUCAAAAAUGUAGUCAUUUUCCUGAUUUUUCUUAUUCUGCCAGUAGCAAGAUAAUAAUUAGUGAUGUUCCCAGUAGAAAGGAUCACGUGUGCCAUCCUCAUGGAAUUAUGAUCAUUGAGGAUCCUGCUGCAUUAAACAAGCCAGAAAAGCUAAAAAAGAAAAAGAAGAAAAGCAAAAUGGAUCGACAUGGAAAUGAUAAAUCCACACCCAAGAAGACUUGCAAAAAGAGGCAGUCUUCUGAGUCUGACAUUGAGAGUGUCAUAUAUACCAUUGAAGCCGUCGCAAAAGGAGACUGGGGAAUAGAGAAACUUGGAGAGACCCCUCGCAAGAAGGUCCGCACAUCCUCAAGUGGCAAGGGAAGCAUUUUGGAUGCCAAGCCACCGAAGAAAAAAGUGAAAUCAAGAGAGAAGAAAAUGUCAAAGGAGAAAUCCUCAGAUACCACCAAAGAGUCAAGACCUCCAGAUUUCAUUAGUAUUUCUGCUAGCAAGAACAUUUCUGGUGAGGCGCCAGAGGGUAUAAAAGCAGAACCAUUGACCCCCAUGGAAGAUGCACUACCACCCAGCCUAUCAGGACAGGCCAAGCCUGAGGACAGUGACUGUCACAGAAAAAUAGAAACUUGUGGUUCCAGGAAAUCUGAGAGGUCUUGCAAAGGUGCUCUUUAUAAAACUCUGGUGUCAGAGGGCAUGCUCACCUCUCUGCGAGCUAAUGUUGACAGAGGAAAACGAAGCUCAGGAAAAGGAAACUCCUCUGAUCAUGAAGGGUGUUGGAAUGAAGAAAACUGGACAUUUAGUCAGAGUGGGACCAGUGGGAGCAAGAAGUUCAAGAAGACAAAGCCAAAGGAAGACUGUCUCCUUGGCUCCGCAAAGCUGGAUGAAGAAUUUGAAAAAAAAUUCAACAGCCUCCCUCAAUAUAGUCCUGUUACAUUUGACCGGAAAUGUGUACCUGUCCCAAGAAAAAAGAAGAAGACUGGAAAUGUGUCCUCAGAACCGACUAAAACCAGCAAAGGUCCUUUCCAGUCUCAGAAAAAGAACUUAUUCCACAAAAUUGUCAGCAAAUAUAAGCACAAAAAGGAGAAGCCCAAUGUUCCGGAAAAAGGAAAUGGGGAUAAAUGGUCAAACAAGCAACUCUUCUUGGAUGCCAUUCACCCUACAGAAGCCAUAUUUUCAGAAGACAGAAACACCACGGAGCCUGUUCAUAAGGUUAAAAAUAUCCCAUCCAUUUUCAACACUCCAGAGCCAACAACAAUGCAAGAACCUUUGGUGGGCAGCCAAAAGAGAAAAGCAAGGAAAACCAAGAUUACACACCUUGUCAGGACAGCAGAUGGCCGGGUAUCACCAGCAGGAGGUACUUUGGAUGACAAACCAAAGGAACAACUGCAGAGGAGUCUCCCUAAAGCAACUGAGACAGACUGCAAUGACGAAUCCUCACAUAACACCGAGGUCGAGGAGACGCGGAGCAGUACUCCAGAAAUGCCUGCCGUGUCUGCGUUCUUUAGCCUCGCUGCACUGGCUGAAGUGGCAGCCAUGGAAAAUGUGCACAGAGGUCAGAGGUCAACUCCGCUCACCCAUGAUGGACAGCCAAAAGAAAUGCCACAGGCUCCUGUACUUAUUUCCUGCGCUGACCAGUGAAGCGCCCUUUCAUUGUAAAACAUUGUGCUUUACCUACUAUCCUAGCCUUGUCUUUACCGAGGGAUGCUAGUGAGUCCAAGUGGUGGAAAAUAUAGACUGCAAACAAGUGCUUGUUCCCCCACAUGGCCCAGAUUCACUUGAAGCAGAAGUUAGCAUCCUGGGCCACUUUGUUCUCUCACAACCCAGAAUAUUUGAGGGUAAGGUUAUCUGUCUGAUAUUGAGCAGAAGCAGAAUGGUCCUGGAGCUUUGCUUUCUAUUGAAGGCUUUUGACGGUAAUAGGUGGUAACUUGGUAAAAGGCUGCCUUUACUGUAGCUCAUCCAGCAUCUCUUUUACCAACCAGAGAGUGUGAAACUAGUUUCAUAUAUUACCUAGUUAUUCUUUCAAAACAAAACAAAAACUGACGCACUGCACUAGUUAUUAUUAGAUAUUCUUAGUCUUUUUUGUACAUGGAGAUUUAAGUUCUAAGAUGGUUUAUAUAAUAGGUUAUACCUACAUUUAUAUUGUAGAAUAAAUAUUAAAAAGCCUGUUCCAGAGACUCCCAAGCAGCCUGGGCAGGCAGAUGUACCAUUGUUAGUGGUGUAUGCUCGGCCUCGUGGUCCAUAUAUUCUGCACUUUUAUAUUUGCCACCAGAAUGGUAGUUUGCUGGCAAAAAAAAAAAGAGAGAGAGAGAGAAAAUUACAACUCUUACAAUCUGAAUUUUUUUCUUAGCCUUGAGUGACCAAGAAGAAUUUGCUUGAGGCAAAUUGUGGCAAAUAUUUUCCCAGACAGGGGAAGAGUCCUGCAGAUUACAGAUUACUGAUGUUUUCAUGCCUUGAGGAUUCUUUUAUUUUUACACAGGGGUCUAGGUGACCAAUGGAUUGUUCAUACAAACAAAAAAAAAGACAAAAAUAUUAUUCAGAAGUGACCUUAGUAUUACUUCACUAUUCUAAACACAUUGAAGACACUUACUUCAUGUGGACUUGGAACUACAGACCUUUUACAUCCAUCACAGAUUGACUGGACGGGUUGCAAUUGCUAUGCACAGCCUAAUUGGCACUGCAGGUUUUUAGAGCCAUUUUGAGUUUGUGUUGUUUAGGAGGUAAUGAGUCAAUGAUGAGGGAGGUAUGCCUGACCAGAGUGGGACUCUCAGUCAUAGAUCCACCUGCAAGUCUCUGUUUCCUUUUUGUGUUUUGUUGCUUUUGAACAUAAAACCAACGAUACAUACGCCAGCGCCAAGUGGAUUAACUGGCUUAGAACAUUCAACAUAUUGACUUAACCACCUGAUGUUCACAGUGUCUUGUUUCCUAGCAACAGAUGCAAAGUGAUAAAUCAAAAUUAGUCUGAGGCUACAGAUUUUACAGGGUAUUUGUUCUAUAGCACAAAGUAUUUCCCCACUCUUGCGUCACAGCACAAACUACCAAAUUUUAAUUAUUGGAUUCCAGCAAUAAUUUUUAAUGGUUUUCAUACUGGCGGAAUUUUGACAGUGCUAGUUCGAGUUUGAAGCUUUUGAAUUAGAUCUCUAAAUGGUGACAGUUUACAUGGUUUUAUCUAGCUUUCUUAUUUAUACUUGACUGAAUUGUAAUGAUUUUUUUUCUAAUUGUAAUUUGACUUAAUAGCCAUACAAAAAAUGACUCUAUUCAUACUAGGUUUAGCUUCUCAUGGUUGUAGAUAUUACUUCAGUUCCGGUGCUGGAAAAUAUGUACAACAUACUAACAGGAUUGAAAAAAUAUAUAGAGGUUUUUCUUCUUUUUUUUUUUCCAAAGCAGGUAAAGAGGGUAGCAAAGCAUCGGACUGAUUACUCAAAAAUGGAUAUUCCUGGUGGGGAUGGAGGAAGAAGGAAUUAGUAAAAGGUUAAUCAGAAGUUACAGCUUAACUGCAUUCGUGUAGGAAUAAAUCAAGUGAGCAGUUCCAGACUUUAGCAUAAUAUUUUUACUAUGAUACUGUUUUAUUAAUAUUUUCUAAAUUUCAAAACAAAAAGUGAAUGUUGGAAAUUGCUGGGUCCCGAUGUUGGUGGCUGUUGGAGUUUUGGACCACUCGCUAGCAGUGAUUUGAAGAUUAUAAUUAGCUAAAAUCCAAAACAAAAAACCAACAACAAAAAUUGUAUGGUGCAGAACAUGCACCUUGACAAUGGUACUAACUUGUUAUUCUAUAGAACACGUUAGAAUAGAUCUAUUUUUGCCAGAGCACCCUCCUUCAGUCCUCCAAUUACAUUUCACUAGAGUUCCUUAAGAGACUGCUGUAUAUUCAUGGGACCUUUUUUUAAAAAAAAAAAAGCAAAACAAAAGAUUACUUUUUUUCUAUGUGAUUAAUAUCUUACUUGAUCUGCUUUUCCUAAACCUCAGUGGCUUUUCCCUUAGGCAGGGUUGGGGGUGGGAGGGCAAUUUACUGGAGAUGACUGUUUUCAGAUACUUUAAAACAAACCUUUUUGUAGAAAUGCUUAAUUUUUAAGCGGUUAGGCACUGAGAGUAGCAGAAAUCCUGCAAAGCUUUAUAGUUCCUUAGACUCACCUUGUCGAUUCUCUGAGUAAAGUCUUGAUUUCAGUAAUUGUGCUUCUCGUGCCCUGAAUCUGCUGGAGAGGAGUGUUGUUAUUUUCUGGUAACAACAUUUGUUAGCACAAAUAUUUCAGACCAAUAUGUAGUGCUCUCCUCCCCACCCCUUGUUAUCAUUUUCAUUUCAUUUCUGUCGUUCUUUUUUUUUUGGAAAAUCAUAUUGCUAUAGUGUGUACUUUAAUCUGCCAGCAGAUACCAUCUACACUAACAUUUGUCCCACAGCAUCCUCAAGAGAAAAAGUUGUUGCACCUUAUAUAUAUCUCAAGCAAACCAAAAUAUGAUGCUCUUCUGCUUUGUUUUAUUCUAAAUUGUUGUAUCAUAUCUUUCUGAAACCAUUCUGAAUUUAGUUGAAAUUAUCAAUAUUUAUGCUUUUAACCUUAAUUUCUGGAUUCAAGCCUGUAUAUAAAUCUUUUGA